GCAUGGAGCCUUAUUUUGUUGCGUCUAAAAAUGAUUUAAUACGUAUUUUGGAAAAUCAACGAAGAACGUGACGUAAAAUGAUGUGUUCCGUGUCACGUGCUAGUGUCCGUCAAAUAAUUUCUGGUUUACAUAACGUUGAAUAUGUACGCUACUGUUUUCUUGAGCAUAAGGUGACACACCAACCGUGCAUGUUCUGCUUGUCAUUGGUCAGUGCUUGUUUGGUUAAAAAUAGUAUAUCAAAAUGGCUAUCAUCACAAAUACGUUUCUGUAGUUGAUAUACAGAGUUAUAUCUACAGAUUUCUAGAGAUAUAUAUAAUUAACCGGUUUGGAUGACGUUUCUUCGAUCACUGCAUUUUACAAAGCUGUGCUACUAAUCGAUAAAUACCGUGUGUUAACUCGUAAGCUUGUAGAGAUUACGACGUGUUGUUAGGUUAGACAAUUUCACAAGUGCUACGGUGUAAAAUAAUUUACAUAACGUCAAUUACCACGUCGUAUACCACAUUUAAGAUAGAUUAAAUAAACAGUGUACGAGUGACAGUGAAUAAAUUUGUAAAUUCUCUAACUUCUACAAUGGUAUUAUCACGCAUCAGUAGUUUUCCGGAAUUACUGGCAACCGUUUCUCGUGUUUCACACGCAGCAAGUGUCAUAGGCGAAGUGCAGUGCACGCGGUAUGCGGCGGUGCAUCAAAAUCGCAUAAAUAGUCUCCACGUGACAAGCGUCCGCCGUUAUCCUGAUCCCCCUACUCUGCCGCUUCCUACGAACGUCUCUGAAAUAUUUGCGAACGAAACCGGUCGCUUUACCCCCGAGAGGUCGCGUGAUAUCGCGGCACCCGUGCUGCUCUAUGGAAAAAACGAUUGCAAAUCUUUCUUUACCGAUCAAUCAACAAAGUCGAUGGAACAUUCGAGCAUUCCGGUAACCUGCGGGGACACGCACGUGGACUCGUACGAUUGUUUUGGCGCGAUCAGUUUGAAUGGCACGAUGCAAAGCAACGUACCAAAACCGUUCUGCUCUAGCGGAAAAUCAACCCAUUUGAACAUGCCUGGCGGCCAAUGGGCCAGGGACGGCAAGUACAUCGCCGAAGACAUGCAGAAAUCGCAUUAUCGAAGCACUCACUUACCGCAACCAAAACUGGGCACUAGUGGUCUCGCAAGUCAGAUCCUCGCAACGACCACACUUAUGCGAACAGUAUUUCGACCAACCCAUAUCCUCGGUAUGAGAUAUACGACAAAUAUGCCAAAGCAGUCGAACCCUGCACAGACCGCCGAUACAAAGCAACAACUGGCUUUGGCCAAGAAAGAAAGAUUUCGAAGAAUAGUAAAGGAUUACGGAUCUACCGUUGUUGUGUUUCAUAUAGGAAUCUCUCUUAUAUCUCUCGGUACUAUAUAUACAGCUGUAAUUAGUGGAUUAGAUUUAACGCCUAUGAUUACAUCCAUGUUAAACGAGGAGAACCAAGAUCUGGUAAAGAUAUUAAAUUAUUCGUCAAACUUUUUGCUAGCAUACAGCAUUCACAAGGUGUUUGCACCUGUCCGAAUUGCGAUCACAUUUUCCGUAGUACCAUUUCUUGUACAAUACCUACGAAGAAUCGGGUUGCUUAAACCUCCGAAAGUAAAAACUAACUGAAGUUGUUCACGUCGUUUGAAUAAUUAUUACUAACUUCGUAUGGCACAAUUUAUGCAAUGUAAAAUAUUAUAUAUAUAUACAUAUACAUUUUGUAAUCAUACAUUUGUAAACGAAUAAAUUUAAUUAAACAAACA